CGGGUCGACAGGGACGACGAGACCCGGGUCCGGCGCGGCCUCCUAGAACCGACUGCAUUAGUCCUACAGAUUUUUCCUACCACAGCGGAAGAUGAACACAUCCUUGGGCCCGCUGUCAUUCAAGGAUGUGGCUGUGGCUUUCUCCCAGGAGGAGUGGCAGCAGCUGGACUCUGAGGAGAGGAUGACGUACAGGGAUGUGAUGCUGGAGACCUACAGCAACCUCGUCUCCGUGGGGUAUCACAUUAUCAAACCGGAUGUUAUCAUCAAGUUGGAACAAGGAGAAGAGCCAUGGAUAGUAGAAGGAGCGUACUCACCUCAGAGCUAUCCAGAUGAGAUCUGGCACGUGAGCAGCCUGAUGGAGGAAGACCAGGAAGAUGAGGGGAACGAGUCAAAUUCACCUGUGUUCAGCUACAAAAGCCUGCUCGAUGCUUCUAGUAAGGCCGUUGAUGGAGAAACGAAGCUCGUUCCCUCGGGGAAGGUCCUCCCUAAGUGCAGCUCAUGCGAGAAGAGCUUGAUGUGUAUCUCUGCGUUCAUCCGCAGUGACGGAAGCUAUGCAAAGCUGCAGCCCGACGUGUGUGCCGGGUGCGGGAAGCCCCUCCCCCACAGCGAGCUUGAGGAAACACGUCCUCCAGAUGAGGCUCAUGAAUUUAGUGGGGACGGAGAUGAUGACGCUCUGAGUGAAGAAGGGGUUUAUCAGAAGAUUCACUUUUUGGAGAAGCCCUUUGAGUAUGCUGAGUGCCAGAAAUCCUUCCCAAAGGGCUCUGUGUUUCUGAAUCACCUGGAAGAGGAGCCCUGUGACUGGAAUGAAUCUGAAGUAGCUUUUCUGCAGACGUCAGACCUCAGUGCCCACCAGGAUUCCCUCACGGAAAUGAAGCCCUACGAAUGCCAGCAGUGUGGGAAGUCCUUCUGCAAAAAGUCAAAAUUUAUCAUCCAUCAGAGAACUCACACGGGAGAGAAACCCUUCAAGUGCAGUCAGUGCGGGAAGGCCUUCUGCCAGAAGGGAACCCUCACCGUCCACCAGAGGACGCACACGGGGGAGAAGCCCUACGAGUGUACCGAGUGUGGGAAGACCUUCUACCAGAAGCUACACCUCAUCCAGCACCAGAGGACCCAUUCAGGCGAGAAGCCCUACAAAUGUGGCUACUGUGGAAAAUCCUUCUGCCAGAAGACACACCUCACUCAGCACCAGAGGACACACUCAGGAGAGAGGCCCUACGUUUGUCACGACUGUGGCAAGACGUUCUCUCAGAAGUCAGCACUCAAUGACCACCAGAAGAUCCACACGGGCGUCAAACUCUACAAAUGCAGUGAGUGUGGGAAGUGCUUCUGCCGCAAGUCCACGCUCACAACCCACAUGAGGACACACACGGGUGAGAAGCCAUAUGAAUGUAAUGAGUGUGGGAAGUUCUUCUCCAGGUUGUCAUACCUCACUGUCCAUUACCGGACCCACUCAGGGGAGAAGCCCUACGAGUGCACGGAGUGUGGCAAGACCUUCUACCUAAACUCGGCGCUCAUGAGACAUCAGAGGGUGCACACCGGAGAGAAGCCUUACGAGUGUAACGAGUGUGGGAAAUUAUUCUCUCAGCUGUCCUAUCUCACGGUGCAUCACAGAACUCACUCAGGAGUGAAGCCCUACGAGUGUAGCGAGUGCGGGAAGACCUUCUACCAGAAUUCAGCCCUUUGUAGACACCGGAGAAUCCACCGAGGGGAGAAACCCUACGAAUGUUACAUAUGUGGCAAGUUCUUCUCUCAGAUGUCCUACCUCACUAUCCAUCACAGAAUUCACUCAGGAGAGAAGCCCUACGAGUGCAGCGAGUGCGGGAAGACCUUCUGCCAGAAUUCAGCCCUCAACAGACAUCAGCGCACACACACUGGAGAAAAAGCCUACGAGUGUUACGAGUGUGGGAAAUGCUUCUCCCAGAUGUCAUAUCUGACUAUCCACCACAGGAUCCAUUCAGGAGAGAAGCCCUUCGAAUGUAACGAGUGCGGGAAAGCCUUCUCUCGGAUGUCGUACCUCACUGUCCAUUACAGAACCCACUCAGGAGAGAAGCCCUACGAGUGUACGGAGUGCGGGAAGAAAUUCUACCACAAGUCAGCAUUCAAUAGCCACCAGAGAACUCACAGGAGAGGGAACGGGAAUGGGGUUGAUGUGGGAAGGCUCCUUUAAAGCCAGACUCGGGACGACCUUCUCAGUCAACUAGAAGCUCCUGUCUGCAGUUGAGCUCUGAUGUACAGUUGGGCCUCGGUACCCAUAGGUUCCAUCUCCAAGGAGUCAACCCUCCUUAACUAUGUAGGAAAAAGGGUUUCUCUGUGCAGAAUAUGUACCAAUUAUUUUUUCUCUUUCUUCCCUAAGUAGUACAAUAUAACAGCUCUUUAUAUUGCAUUUAUAUGGCAUUAAGCAUUAUAGAUACUCUGGAGGUGAGUUAAGGUUCAUGGAGGAAUAUGUAGGCCGUACACAAUUAUGACAUCAUCUUACAUAGAGACUUAAUCUGCAGACUUUGGUGUCCAGGUGGUCUCAGAACAACACUCCUGCUUAUCAAAGGACACCUCUGUCAGAGAGCACACACAAAUGACCCUGAACAAGUCUGUGUGUCUGUGUGAACUAGAUUCAUCAGAAACUCACAGGGCAGGAACCACAGUUAGGAACGCACACGUAGCAGACUAUGCAGGAGUCAGACUGGAUAAGUAGGGUUCCGCAGAGCUUCAGACUGCUUACCCGGGAACUGGCUCACUGAGGCAUGUGGGAACCCAGGAACUGGCUCACUGAGGCAUGUGGGAACCCGAGAACUGGCUCACUGAGGCAUGUGGGAACCCGAGAACUGGCUCACUGAGGCAUGUGGGAAGCACACUCCUUCAGAAAUGGCUAAUACUAAAGGACGAUUUAUAACAAUUAAAGGAAGAGGAGCUGGAGCGAUGGCUCGGCAGAAGAGCUGACUGCUCUUCCAGAGGUUCUGAGUUCAAU